GAGGCUAGGCGCGUCUGAACAGAGUAGCAGACUCGGGUGCAAGACGAGUCGAGACUAAUGUGAAAUCUACUUAAAGACAUGAAUUCCCCUGAUAAUCACCGCUCUGAUCAGGGACUCAACCCACUCAGAGAUCACUCGAGAUCACAUUUCAAGAAGCUUCUUAAGAAACAUUCCGAUUCCUCUCUACCGCAAAGAUGCGUCUUCCUCUAUUCUUGACAAUCUCGGCUCUGGCACCACUUGUUUUGGGUGCUGCCAUCGAGCCUCGCCAACAAGACGGGCAAGUGUACUGCGACAGAGGAGACGACGAGCUCAAUGUUGACGACUGCCGCGGCGCCGCCGACAUGGUUAAUACCGCUUCCGGAUAUUACAGAGAGAUUGCUCAGUUUCGAUACGGAAAUUGCAUCAUCGAUAUCACCAGCCGGCUCGGGAUCGUCAAUUCGAUUUCGGGCCAGCUAUAUAAGGACUCCAUUCUGAGCGUCCUAGACACGUGUGAGGGGCCUGGCUAUAUCUACCAGCGAGCAAAUGAGGUCAAGGUCUAUCGCUGCGAGAUCUGCUCGUACGGCGUUUGCGCUGAAUGCAAUGACCCCGGUCAGGGCCCCCUGAAACGCGAUGUUGCCGAAAUCGAAGCAUCCUCCCAAAUUCAAAAGAGACAGGACAGCCCUGAGCCGGGUUUGUCCUGCGGUGGCUGGAACCCGGCUGUCGACGCGGACAACUGCCGCGAUGCCGCCGACGAGCUCGACGCCCAGGGGGGCAACGUCGAGCUGCCUUUCCGUGAAAAUGUUGCCGGCUGCAACAUUGCUGCGGAGCAAAAGAAGCCCAAUUUAUACAUGCCGCGAAGCCAGAUUGCCGCCAUUCUUCGUCAUGGGACGGACCUGUGUGAAAGUGGGGGGUACAUUGGCAUGAUUAGCGACACACAGAAUUCUCUAGUUGAUGUUUUCUAUGGCAAAAUCUGUGGUAAAUUUGGCUUCGGUAAUGGUGGUUGCACGCCGUAG